CCUCUCCUAGGGCCUUCGUCAGCGUGAAGUGGUCAGGAAGAGCCGCAGCCCUUUCACGGCGAAGAGCAGCGGGGCAGGAGCCGCGGGACCGCAGCGGGAGGGGCGACCAGCCCAUCCACGGCAGACGAGAUGAAACAGCUCUUCCUCCUCUUCCUCCUCGGGUUCGUCACCAGCUCCCUCCAGAUCGAAGACAACAAAAUCCCUGGCCUGUGCUCAGGACAGCCGGGCAUCCCAGGAACCCCGGGCCUCCAUGGGGGCCAGGGUCUGCCAGGCAGAGAUGGACGAGAUGGCCGGGAUGGGGCAAUGGGGAUGCCAGGGGAGAAGGGCGAGAUGGGCCCUCCGGGAGCACCCGGCCCCCGCGGGGAGGUGGGCAGCCCCGGCAGGGAUGGCAUGCAUGGUGAGAAGGGGGCGCAGGGUGAGUGCGCUGUAGCCCCGCGCUCCGCCUUCAGUGCCAAGCGCUCCGAGUCCCGCAGCCCACCACUGCCUGACCAGCCCAUCCGCUUCGACGUGGUGCUCAUCAACGAACAGGGCCACUACGACCCCGCCACGGGCAAGUUCACCUGCGAGGUGCCAGGUCUCUACUACUUCGCCGUCCACGCCACCGUUUACCGCACCAGCCUCCAGUUCGACAUCAUGAAGAACGGCCAGUCCAUUGCUUCCUUCUUCCAGUACUAUGGGAACUGGCCCAAGCCCACCUCGCUCUCGGGGGGAACCCUGGUCCGCCUGGAGCCUGAGGAUGAGGUGUGGGUGCAGGUGGGCGUGGGGGACUACAUCGGCUUCUACGCCAGCGUCAAGACAGACAGCACCUUCACCGGCUUCCUCGUCUACUCCUACUGGCAGAACUCUGCUGUCUUUGCCUGAGCUCAGCCUCGGCUGCAGUCGGGGACAGGGCGCUGGCUCCUUCCCAGAGCCAGGAGCUGGGAAGCCUCAGCCCCACUCCACUGCUGCCCAGCACAGAGCAGGAACGGGGGGUGUUGGGGAGCACCCCUCCGGCAGUGCUGCAUAAGAGCUAAGUAUUCCCCCGGGUGCCCGGCACCGGGGCACGAUGCAACAGCCGUGUUGUCAUCCGUUCCUCGCCACAGCCGCCUCGGCACGCAGCAUCCCCGCAGCCUGGCACCCUGGCCCGUGCUGCCAGCUUCGCCCCACGCUCCGAGCCAUCUCGGGCUGCCCGGCCGCUGGCUCGGCCAGGAGCCCGUCCCGCUGCCACCCUGGGCUAACAGUUGCCCUUCCCUUCACCCUCCUCUGCGCCUCCUUCCCCCUCAAUAACGGGGUCCUCCACCAUACCCUCAA